AUGAGCGGCAGUUGUUUGUGAAGUGCUGAGCUGACGAGGUUCUCGCUGCUCUUCUCUCGCGAAUCUGUUAUUUUUAUUACUCCAGUGUCUGAGGCUGUUAGACUUUCGUCAUUAUCUGCCGAACUUUGAUUGAAGAGAGUAUCGCAAACGGUUUCUUUGAGCUGCCCAACACAAGAUGUGUGAGGCUAGCAGCUGAUAGUCUCCGCCCGCAGUCAUGCUCGGGACCUUCUAGCAAGACAGUCAAGACAAGAAUCUUCCUUAUUGAGCCACAUAACCACCGAAAUGAUACGCCUUGCCUUCUUCACCCUGAUUUCCUCCUACGAAAAAUGGGCCGACGAUUUCCAGCUCAGGGUUGGAGGUCUUGUCAUGUCAUGGGCGGGUGAGGAGGCAUCAACAGAGCCCCCGUUACCAUACACGAAGAUGAGGUACUCCGAGAUGCCUCGAGAUAUCUCCUGCGACAGCCUCGCUGCCCUCCGCAUCAAUGAGAGUGUGAUGGACAGCGAUGAUGAAGAGGAACGUAGCAGCGGUUGUGGGGGUGGGAGGGGUAUGGCCAUGCCAAUGUGUGCCCGUGGUACUUCUCCCCCAUCUUCUGUGUAUCGCAAGGUAGUUCAGGAAACCGAUUACGAUACCCACGACGGCAUGAAGGCCCUCACUAAAGCUGCUUAUAGUUAUGGAACAUUACCCCGCAUCCAUAGCCAUAAGUCGGCUAGCCUGCCGGCCCGUGGGAAGGAUGCUGACACUCCACCUGUCCUGGAUCUCUUGAGGGUGGUACCCGAAGACCUCGCCACCCAGAUCACUAGGAUGGAUUUCCCCGUCUUCAAAGCCAUCACCCCAGAAGAGCUGACCUCCUGUGGUUGGACGAAAAAAGAUAAAUUGAAAUCUGCCCCCAAUAUUGUGGAGUUCACUCGAAGAUUUAAUCAUAUCAGUUUUUGGGUUGUCCGAGAAAUACUUAACGCAGGAGGAGCAAAACAGCGUGCUGAGAUGAUGGGACAUUUCAUUAAAGUAGCCAAGAAACUCAAUGAACUCAACAAUUUUCACUCACAGUUUGCCAUCGUUAGUGCCCUGCAAUCUGCGCCCAUUUACAGAUUAAACAAGACUUGGGCUGCUCUCUCCCGUAAGGACCGGCAACAUUACGAGAGGAUGAGCGAAUUAUUUAGUGAUAAGAAUAAUUGGGAACAACUUAGAAGUCAUGUUAAUAGUCUGAAACUUCCUAUGAUUCCGUACCUUGGCCUCUUCUUGACUGAUUUAGUAUAUAUAGAUAUGGCCCAUCCCCAUUUUGGUGGUCUGGAGAGUGAGCAGCGGCAGCUAAAGAUGAACAACAUUCUGAGAGUUUUGGCAGAUUAUCAGCAGUCUGAUUAUUCUGCUCUUCCUCAUCUGCAACAUGUCCAGACAUAUUUAGCAUCUGUUAGAUAUAUAGAAGAACUACAGAAGUUUGUGGAGGAUGAUCAUUAUAAGUUGUCACUUCAGCUUGAGCCAAACACUCCAAGCAGUAGUCAGAGUGCCAGCAAAGACAGUGUUAGUGAUGUAGCUGGAGGGAUCAAUUCCUUAAAUCUCUCUCCGGCACGAGUAAGUGGCGGUAGGCCACCUGCUCCUCCUCCCACCUAUUCCUGCCCAGCACAUGGACCACAAGCAAAAUUUGUACCUGGUCACAGGAAAGCACGUAGUCUAGGAACAAAAUUUCGGAGUAUGAGUCUCCCACGCAAUCUCCAUCGCUCGGAACCCCAGAGUCAGGGGGCAGACCGCUUCGGUCACUCAUCUCAAAAUUCACAAAUAGAGUCGGAUGGAUGGACAACAUGCGGCAACUUUCACGUAUACUUGAGUCAGAUCAUUUUCAAGGGCUGUUCAGGAACAAAUGAAGGAAUGCGAUGUGACUCUGUGAACAGUUUAGGUGGUCAUGAGCCAGGCUGUCCUUCAGCUCAAGGUUCCCAAGGAUCCAGACAUUUACUAGAUGAUUCAGAACUUGAUCCUCCACCACAGCAUUCGGAUUGUACAUCACCCCAGUCUCAUACACUCACGAGAACUUGGUAAGUUCCAUCUAUUACUUUUCUAG